AUGUCCGAACCAACCCAGGUCGUCACGAGGGCCUCAGCUGCAGUGCUGGACGCACUCAACAAUCCCCGUUUGAGCCUGCUCAAAAACAUUCUUCUGGUGGUGUUCCUGCACCAGGCUGCCCGCCAAGCGUACCGGCUGGUCUUUGUCCGCGGUGUCUCGGCCUCGUGGCAGCAGUUUUCCAAGGAACUCAUAAAGUGGUCGAUCAAGAUCAUCCGAGCCACUGUCCCGGGCGUGGAUGCAAAGAUCAAGAAGGAAAUCGAGAAGGCUGUCAAGUCAAUCGAGAGCAAGAAUGCACCCGACGUCCCUGGUGAGGUCAAGUACCUCACACUUCCGACCGAGGGCUUGACUGACGGGGUGCUCCGAGGCGAACUCAGGCGCUACAAGGGCCUGGAAAGCGAUGAGUGGAAGUCCGGCAAGAUAUCCGGCGCCAUCUACCACUCGGUCGAGUCGCUCAAUCAGCUCACAACCGAAACGUACGGGAUGUUUGGGCUGGCCAACCCCCUUCACCCGGAAGUCUUCCCAAGCGUCCGCAAGAUGGAGGCCGAGGUCAUUGCCAUGGUCCUGAACAUGCACCAUGCUCCGGCCGAGGCAUGCGGAAGCGUGACCUCUGGCGGCACCGAGAGUCUUCUCAUGGCCGUCAAGACCUACCGUGACAUGGCCCGGGAGCUGCGCGGAGUUACAGAGCCCGAAAUGGUCGUUCCUGUGACAAUCCACGUCGCUUUCGACAAGGCUGCCCAAUACUUUGGUGUCAGGAUCAUCCACAUCCCAGUCGACCCAGUCACCUUCCAAGUCGAUGUUCGCAAGAUGGAUCGUGCCAUCAACCGAAACACCAUCAUG